AUGGAAGAUAGAUAUAGUUAUUCCAAGAAAAGCAGUGGUGCACCAUGGAUAUCCUUGAGAGAGGGGGAUUUUGAGGAAGAAGCUCUCAAGGAAAGUAACGAUUCAACUUCCAAUAUUUCUGUUACAAGACAUAUCCCAAGUGCUGUGAGAAUGAUCCCAGGAUCAUUGUCUGCAAUCAGCCAUGUCGGCAGCUGCUGUUCUACUUCCGCUACUCAUGAUGAUGUUAAGCAGCAGUCGGCCCCUGUAAACAUCCCUGACGGUGGUUCAUGGCAUGAUGAUGAUGAUGAUGAACAUAAUACCAAGUUCCCACCGCAUGAAAUUAUUGCAAGGAGGCUUGCAAGGAGUCAGAUUCCUUCCUUCUCGGUGUUGGAAGGUGUUGGUCGAAAACUCAGAGGGAGGGAUUUGAGGAAUAUGAGAAAUGCUGUCUUAACAAAAACAGGUUUCCUUGAAUAA